AAUUUUACAGAUGAAUUAACUUUUGUUACACCUAUAUGUAUAAUUAAGAUUUUUAAAUUGUUUGUAUAAAGUCAUGAAAAUUAAUAUUGUUCUUCUUCCGAAAUAAAACACUAAUUUGACUAAGCCUAGACUCGCUGGCCGAUGUACGUAAUAGCCCGACUUGGAUGUGUGAGCGACGGGAUGAAGUGAAAACGCGAAGACAUUGGGUAAAUGUUUUGUUUACCCAUUGCAAACAUACACGGUGUAAUUGUGGGUGUGCAUGUAUAUGUGUACAUGGUUAGUGAAUGGCUACUUCGCCCAAAGUGUCGUUGAAAUAGGCCGAGGACAGUAACAUAGAAUCUGCUUGAAGUUCAAGAUGGCUGAAAUUUGAAGGACCCUUUGUUCCGGAUGUCACUAUGAAAGUGGAGUCCUUCGCGACGGAACAGGAGAGUGAGAGCGACUGCAUGACAUGUUCAUCCAAUCCCAACACACCAGUAAUAGUAGUAGUGGGGUGGCGUUGCAACAAGGUCACAAGAAACGUAAGGUGGAACAUCAGCAACAACAAAUUGAAUACACUGGUGGUGGAGGUGACAGUCUCUACUCUCUAAAUGCAAGUAACGUGAUCAACAGUGUCAGCCAGUCUGUUGUGCAACGACAUCAUCGCACUCAAAAUACAAACAAUGUCCAGCACAAGAGCCCAAGUGGGGGCAUGCCUCAGCAGUUUAUUCGCGCAUCCACCAUAAAACUUUUUGAUACAUAUCAGCGUUGCGGUCAGAAGCGUAAGUCGUGCGAGCGUGAGGGGAAUGGUGGUAGUGGGGGUGGGGGUGCCGAGGCAGCAGCAGCAGCAGCGGCGGCGGCGGCGGCGGCAGCGGCAGCAGCAGCAGCGGCGGCGGCGGGCGCAGCCGGCGUGGGGCCAGCUGUGGCGGCGGCGGUGGGUGUGCACGCGGUCACAGCAACCGCCACCACGACGAACAACACGACCUCGAAGGCCGCCGGCGCCGGCGGGCAGGCGGCUGUACAGCCCCAAGGCUCGUCGAGCGCCGACGGAGACUACCAGCUGGUGCAACACGAGGUGCUCUACUCCAUGACCACGCAGUACGAGGUGCUGGAGUUCCUUGGGCGUGGUACUUUUGGACAGGUUGUGAAGUGCUGGAAAAAGGGCACAAAUGAAAUAGUUGCUAUAAAAAUUUUGAAGAACCAUCCAUCAUAUGCACGGCAGGGACAGAUUGAAGUUAGUAUCUUAUCUCGUUUAAGUCAAGAAAAUGCUGACGAGUUCAAUUUUGUUCGGGCAUAUGAGUGCUUCCAGCACAAAAAUCAUACAUGCCUGGUAUUUGAAAUGCUUGAACAAAAUCUAUAUGAUUUCCUCAAGCAAAACAAGUUCAGCCCUUUGCCUUUGAAGUACAUCCGGCCAAUUCUUCAGCAAGUUUUGACAGCUCUCCUGAAAUUGAAACAACUUGGGUUAAUACAUGCGGAUUUAAAACCUGAGAACAUCAUGUUGGUGGAUCCUGUAAGACAACCAUACAGAGUCAAAGUUAUUGACUUUGGAAGUGCAUCACAUGUCAGCAAGGCCGUAUGUAAUACUUAUCUUCAGAGUCGUUACUAUAGAGCUCCAGAAAUUAUUUUAGGUUUGCCGUUCUGUGAAGCAAUCGAUAUGUGGUCCUUAGGGUGUGUUGUGGCUGAACUAUUCUUGGGUUGGCCCCUUUACCCAGGAUCUUCAGAGUAUGACCAAAUUCGCUAUAUUAGCCAGACACAGGGACUACCCACAGAACAUAUGCUUAACAAUGCAUCCAAAACAACAAAAUUUUUUUAUCGUGAUAUGGAUAGCACUUAUCCUUUCUGGAGACUUAAAACUCCUGAAGAGCAUGAAGCUGAAACAGGCAUCAAAUCCAAAGAGGCUCGCAAGUAUAUUUUCAACUGUCUGGAUGAUAUUGGACAAGUGAAUGUGCCUACAGAUCUUGAAGGGGGUGAAUUACUUGCUGAAAAAGCUGACCGGCGAGAGUUCAUUGAUCUCCUGAAAAGAAUGUUGACCAUGGACCAGGAGCGUCGCAUCACUCCUGGAGAAGCCCUGAACCACGGCUUCGUGACACUGGCUCAUUUAGUGGACUAUGCCCACUGCAACAAUGUGAAGGCUAGUGUUCAGAUGAUGGAAGUGUGUCGGCGAGGUAGUGGUGCUCCAUAUGCCGGAUCUGGCUCAUCUUCUCAUCACCAAGCAACUCAGCAGGCUCCACCUCCCCCACCACCCCUUGUGGCUAACUUUGUGCCUAGUUCGAACGGCAACGUGACCCUCACCUUCAACAACCAACUGACCAAUCAGGUACAGCGCCUGGUGAGGGAGAGGGCCACCGGAUAUGACAACCUGUACCAACUGUAUCAAGGAAGAUCUGCAGCUGCAGUGGCAGCAAGACAAUAUGGUGGUGCUGCAGCAGCCCGAGGGGAUCCAUUCCAUCAACACCAGUUGGUGUCAUCCAUCCUGUGCCCACCUGGGUACCAGGGUAUGGGAUCGCCAGCGAAACACGUGACUGUGGUUGCUGCUGCCCAGCAGCCUCCACCUCAGCUACAAUUGCAGCCUCCCCUCAUCUCGCAGCAGGUAACCACCGCUGCGUCCAGUCCAGGGGCCACGGUUGCCGCCCAGCAGCAGUAUGUUCCUGUAUCCAUGGUGGAACAAAGUGGCCGUCAGAUGCUGCUCACAAAUGCAGUGCAGACAACAUGGCCAAGCAAUCGACAGAUGGUUGUUCCAUCUUGGCAGCAGUUGCCUCCUCAGCAUGCAGCCAUUCAGCAACCUCUACUCUCAGAUGCUGGUGAUUGGGGGAGGCCUCUCAUUGUGGACUCCAGCACUAUUUUGCAAGAACACAGGCCUGUUUUUCCUGUUGAUGUCGCAACAGAGGUGUAUGAUCCAACCCUAGUGGACCACCAUGCUAAUCACCAUUCGUCAGCAUCUGUAGUCAAUUCUGGUGGAGGAUCGUGGACAAACAAGCGAGGGGUUUCCAAAAGUUCGCAUCAUGCUGCUGCAGCUGCUGCUGCCGCAGCGGCGGCUGCUGCUGCUCAGGUUUCAACAAGCAGUCAGCACUCAUUGGCACCACCUCCAGCACAACAGAUGACACAUCACCAUCACCACCACCACCAUCACUUGAGUGUGCAACACACUAAAAAGGAACCCACGCAGUUGAGUCCUGUGAAGAAACGUGUGAAAGAAGGCACUCCACCUUCAGCAGCAAGUGCGUAUUCUGCCAGUAGUAGUGGAAGCAGGCGGCGACAUUCUCCUGUGGCCAGUAGCGCCACAAAUGGCCAUUGGCCACAAAAUCACCAGCAGACUCAGAGUUCUGUAGUGCAGUCAACUGGCAAACAUCACAGUCACAACUUGCAGCAACAAGUACAGCAGCAACAACAACAGCAGCAGCAGCAACAACAACAGCAGCAGCAGCAACAACAACAACAACAACAACAGCAGCAGCAACAACAACAGCAGCAACAACAACAACAACAACACCACCAACAGCAGCAAGUACAGCAACAACAGCAGCAACAGCAGCAGCAACAAGUACAACAACAAGUACAGCAACAACAACAAGUACAGCAGCAACAACAUCAACAACAACAACACCUCCAGCAGCAACCUCCACCACCACAGUUGGAUUCUCAACAAGCUCAGGUUCAACAAGUUGUGUCAGGACGUCAGCAAACUAUCACAAUUCAUGAUACACCAUCCCCAGCAGUAUCUGUGAUUACAAUAUCUGACAGUGAAGAUGAAGCUCCAGGCAAAUGCUGUAAGGAUAGGGACUGCGGCGCGUGCUGCGAGACGGGCCUUGGCCUAGCGUGCCACAUCAGCUCGGACUGUCCUUCCGUGUUGACGAUAGCCUCACAAGACGAUGCGUGUCGCAGUACUCAAUCUACACCAUCACGAAGCAAUAGCACCCGGCAACGAAAAAAUGUUAUUUCGUGUGUAACGGUUGCUGAUAGUGAUGGAGAAGAACAUCGUAGUCCAGAAAAACUCCAACAGCAGCAACAGCAGCAGCUGUAUCUUCAACAUACACAGCAGCAGCAAGCACAUCAAUCCCAGAUCCAACCACCACAGAUGGUUGUACAGACUUCCAACCAACAGCAGCAGCAACAGCAACAACCACAAUCUCAUCAACCUCAAAUCCAACAACCACAGAUGGUUGUACAGACACCCAACCAUGUGGUGCGAGAAAUUAAACAUGAACCUCAACAUAGUGGGACAUCAAGUCAGUGGCAGUCACUGAACUCAGGGCGGGUGGCUUGCUGUUUCAACAGUUCAGGCUAUGCAUCUUCGAGUACUGCAAGCAGCAGUAGCAGUGGAGGUAGUGGAAACUCAGGAGCAUCACAGUCUCAGAAGAAGCGUCUUCUCGCCAAAGCACAGUCUGAGUGUAUGCUGGGAGUGGCCACAAAACGGGAACCUGGAGUGCCUGAUUACCAUGGCCACCACGGAGAUUAUCUUCACUGUGCUGCUGCAUCUGCUGCAAACGGAGUAGUAGCUACAACAGGCUAUCAUUAUGCCUCAACUUCGUCAAAUGGACAAGAGCAGCAUGCAACGUCCUACAGCAAUGGCUGUGGUGGGAGUGGAGACAAGCGCAGUUCAUGGGCUCCCCCAGCUGCUCAUAGUGGCCGAGACAUCCUGGCUCCUCCCUCAGCUCACAAGCGAGAGCCUGGAACUCGAGAUCACCUUGGGAGUCAUCGUGAAUAUCAUAUACCUCAGCAAUCUGUUGUCCACAAAGAUUACAUCCAACCUCCUGCUGCACAUACAACAAGGGAACCGAUGCCUAUGUCUUCUCGGGAGCAGCAUUUGCUUGCUGCAGCUCAGGCCAAGAGUUGGAGCUCAGCAGCUGCAGCUGCUGCAGCAGCAGCCGCAGCUGCCACUCAUCCAGCUCUUCAUCAGGGUUAUCGCCACACAAGCACUUCACAUCUUUCUCCCCAACCCCCAGGGCACCCUCCUCCUGCCUUGGCUGCAUCCACAAGCAGAUUGUCUCCUCCUCAGCACCCUUUGUCUGCAGCUGGGCAGCCUCUGUACCAUCAGCCAGAAUUGUAUCGCCGCCCUCCUGCAGUUUAUGUGACUACUACUCAGCCUGCUUAUCUGCCAGCCAGCCAUCAGGUUGCUCCUUUUACGGCAGGCAGGGCGCUGCCCCCACCAGCCCACCACGCAAGUGCGCGGCCUGUGCUGACCACACACCCUUCACAUCCCCUGCCUGCUCACAUGCAGCCUGCUGCUGUAUUCCCUGCUCACCCACAAGUGGCUGCAAGUUAUGGUUUUGCCCCGUUAAGUCCAGCCAAAUCACAUCAGUAUCAACCUAGUUUAUGGUUUACUGAAUAAUAGCUGCUGCAUAACAGAUAAACCUUGUUCAAGCAGAAUCCAAUGACCUCUGAGAGCCGAGUUUUCAUAUUGAAAUCUUGGUGUUAAGAACUGAAAUGAACGUGUUAACUGCAAAUGUUCUGUGGAUUUAGAAGUUUCUGUGAAUGGAGUUCAUUGAAUUCAAGCGCAGGGGAAGAAUGUAGAAGAGAAAGAAAGAAAGAAAGAAGCUCUCCAGUGGAUGACUAGGAUGAUACACAAUAAAUCACCACUCUGCUGGUCAUCACUGAAAAAUAAUGAUUAAAAUAGAGCUUUUAAAAUGGGUUGAUUAUAUGUAUAUGUGUGUAUAUUAGUUUUUGUUUUCUGUUGACAAUAACCCAGCCAGGGUAGAAUCUGAGCUGCCCUAAUUGAUUGCAUGCAUUAAUAAUUGUGACCACGCAUUCAAUUUCGUGUGGUAAUUUGAUAUCCUAUAUUUUUGCUGUAAAUAUUUUGUGAUUCAUACAUAACUGUUUUCUGCAUGUGAGGAAAAUCUUUGUUUUAUUCACUGUUAAAUAUUUAUUGUUGAUUAUCUUGUUGAUGGGCAAAAUGAAUGUACAGUGUUGUACAUUUUGAUGUUUUGCUAUUCUUUCAAUAUUUGCUGUAUAUUUGAUUUCAAAUCAGAAUUGUUGUUUUAAUGUGAGAGUGGGGAAGCAAGCACUUGAAAUACUCAUUUGUAACUUGUUUCUUUGGCAUGCUCAUUCCUCUUCAUGUGACCCACCAAUGUUCAAGAAGCUACCUUAUUUUUUAUGCUUCUUGGUAUAAAUGUGUAUGUACACACCUUAAAUGUGUAGAAAAUUAAUUGUAAAUAUGGGAAUGAAGAAUUUGCUGGAUAAGAAAUUUUAUCAAUUUGACUUAUCUGACUGUUAGAAAUAUUUGUAUAUAGUAGCACUAACACUAAUGCCUUGAUUUUUUAUCACAUUUCUCAAUAUUUAUAUUUUAUCUAAUGACCUUCGUUUCUUUAUCAGCAUACAUUUUUAUCCCCACUUGAUCUUGUGAGGAUGUGAUGAGCUUCAGAAAAGUGGGUGAGGCUGUAGAUUUCAUGUAGAUAUAUAACUUGUUUUUAAAAACAAUGAUAAUCCCACAUCAAUGUGCCUGUUUGAAUUAUAUCAAUUACUUGUCAUGUCAUGUGGCAUAUGUGUACACUAUUAAAGAUAUAUAUAUGUAUAUAGCCUCGUACAUAUAUAUAUAUAUACAAAAGUAUAUUUGUCCUAACAUGAUAGUCAGAAAGUUCUUUAUGUUAAUAUAAUUUGUUAAAAUAUGUAAAAAUUGUGAAACCAUUUUGGGGAGAUGAAAACCUGCCUUUGAUAAAGCUCUUUUAUUUCUCAGUGCCCCUGAAAAUGGUAUGUCAAAUUAAGUCAUCCUAAUAAAUCAAGUGACACUGAGGUCCAUUUAAAGACUGUAACGUUCCAAUGAACUGUAGUGACAUGUGCGAAAGUUGCAUGCCAGUAUUGCUUUAAUUCAUUCAUUGUAGGCAGACAUUCAGCAUCCCCAAAAAUGAUUGCCAGGACAGUUAAAUGUAUUGAAAUAUUUCUCCUAUACAUGUUUGCAAGUGAUUUUUGGUGUAGAUAUGUAAAUGUGGGUGAAUGUUUGAAUAAAUGAAUGAUGAUUGUUUUCUGAUGUGAGGCUGUGUUUGGGAUGCCCUGGGCAUCUGUAUUAUGUAUUUAUCAUGGUGUCAAAGUGAGACAACUCUGUUUACAAAUGGAUGUUGCUUGUGCAAGCAGGAGAAGGCCUGCAGGAACUCCAGAACUUGGCAGAGAGCUUCUUGCGUACCCCUGGUUGGUUGUGCAUCUCCAGGGGAGCCUGUUGCUUGUGUGUUCAGUGUUAGCCUUCUCUCAUUAAUGCAAUAGCUCUCUGCCCAGUGCUGCUCCUGGCUCAGAGCUGCCAAUACAGCCCCCCACCUGAGAUGGUCUCAGUGAGAUACUGGAUUGUAGGACAUUGUUUGUUUUUUUUUCCCUAAUAUGGAUAUUGGCACUGCAUCUGAUUAAAAUACAUUUUUGUGGUGUAUAUGUUAUUAUUAUUAUUAAUAUUAUUGUACAAGGGAAACCUAGGCAUUAAUGUACACGGUGUAUAUUUAAUUAGCAUGUAGGGCUAGUGUUCUUGUAAUUAUCGCAUAAGCAUCAUGUCGGCUUUGCUUUACAGAUGAAAUUUAAGUGGUGCAGUAUUAAAAUUCAUAUUACAUUUUAACUAAUAUAAUGUCUUGAUUCACUGAAAGUACAAACUAAAAAAAUUCACAUUUGUGUUGACUAAUUGUUGAAGACCUUCUGCACAGCACAUAAAGCAUGUGAAGCAUAAAUUAGAUAGUGUGGGUAUUUAAGUAUUUUAAUGUAUUUUAAAUUUUAGGGAAGAAUGUGGGUAAUACUACAAUCUUAAAAGUGAUUUGCCUAAUGGUGUAACAAUCCUAAUGUAUAAUAUUGCCAUAUGGACACUCAGUGAUAAAACCACAUGUACAGUAGGAAUUAGUAAUUACAUUAAUCCAUUAAAAGAUUCACAAUAUUUUUGGAAUUAAAAAAGAUAUCUUGUAGUCUGAGGGGAAACAUGUCAGAUUUCCCAAUAUGUAAGUGGUGUAUUUAGACACUUGAUGUUGAUUGGUAGGAAGCAUGUUUGCAAUUUUUCUGCUGUGCGAUGAAGUUAUUCCAUACAAGGUUCCUGAAUGAAUUUUCUUCUUUUUUAAUCUGGUGUAAAUCACAGUAGCCUUACAGUGAAUUGUUCAAUAAGUGGGGCAUAGAACAAUCUUACAUGUCAAGUAUUUGUUCUUGAUAUAACUCUUUCACUGCGUGACUAGAUGAUGUCAUUUAGUGGACACAUUGCCUUGCAGAAAUCAGGGUCACUACCUUCCACAGUGAAAGAGUUGAAAUAUUAUUAUAAUGAUUAAUGUUUGUCUUAAUAUGUAUUGGUUAAUGUGGUUUAUUUUGUUUUGAAAUAUCAUUGCUUGUAGCUAUUAAAAUAAUGUCAUGAAUAAAAUGUAUAGUACAUAUAAGAUACAAACUAAUUGAAUGGAAUUUUACUUAUAACUAUGCACGCUUAUUCUUUGUGUGAAAAAAAAGUUGACUUACGAUUUGUGGUUGUGUGGGUCCAUUCCUUGGAGGGUUUGUGGGUUGGGCAAGCAGCCCUAGCUGGUGAUACUUGGGGUUGCCUCUAUACGCUCAAAUCUUGCCAGCAUAUUCGGGCUAGAAGAGUUAAAAAUGUAACGCCUUAUAUUUGUUGAACUAUGUCCAUUGCAUGGAUCGUUUUUACUGCGUCGUCAGGAUUGGUUUCUCAUCUUCCUUGCGUAGGUUGCUACCAAAGAUAUUCUCCUACAUGUUCCUUGCGUAUAUGUAAUUAUUUUUUUAAAUUGUAUCUAUGGUGUUGAGUUGUAAUUCAAAAAGCUACAUUAUAACAUGCAGGGAAAAAUAUGGUUCUGACUUGGCUCACGGGAACUGUAAUUUUCCCAUAUCUCAACCUACGAAUUAGAUUGACUGUUACCAUUAAAAGAUUUUUCAAUUCAGUCUUCUACUGGGUAGAAUUUGUUAUAUCUUUGUGGUUCUUAUGUUUGAAAUAUUUGUUAUGAUAGCAAUUGUAAUUUAAAAUUUUUUAUUCCUUUUAAAAAAAAAAUUAUCGGUAUUAAUUCAGUAUGAUUGUAAAUUCUAAAAUGAGGUACGUGUCUUAAUUACUUUCGGAAAUUGUAUGACUCAUUCUGGUCAUGUGGGAACAUAAGAUAUGUUCACUUGUGCACAGAAACCAAAGUGUGCUUGAAGGAUGACUUUUUCUCUUACUAUUGUUUGACUUAACACUAGUAUUCUUAAUUAUUCAUGCUAUAAAGAAUUCUACUUCAUGUGUAACUAAAGUUCAUUUUAUUUUCUGUGAAAAAUAAAAGUUAAUUUCAUGGAUUGAAGUACGAGUCAGAUGUAAAAUACUUCCAUUUCUUUUCCUUACAAAUUUUAUUAUGUGGAAAUCAUAUUUUAGUUUGGCCUUUUUGUUAUAUAUUUGGAAUUCUAUUCUUAGAAUUGCCUUUGGUGCUUUGUUGACAUCUUACCACUGUCAUAAAAAGGUACUAAAUUCAAGAUUAUAUACGUACAUGUUCUCUUGCGAUAAUUAUGCAAUAGCAUUGGUUGAGUGGAAAAUUUAAUUCAUCAUAAUUAUUUUAAUGUAACCAUGCUGUAUUUGAUGUAUGCAUAUAUGCUCUCUAGCUUGGGCAGCAGUCUGAGCAACAAUCUCUCCAUAUCAUUACAGAUACCCUUAAUACAGGUAAUUAUUGUCAUUGUUGGGUAGAGGUAAUGUAGUUGUCAAUUCAACACCAAUGUCACUUUCUUAAGAAUAAGUAGAUAUAUGUAUAAUGAGUCAGAAAGUGUAGUUUUGUAAUUAAAGCUGUUUUAAGGGUUUCUGUGGUUCUUUUUUUAUUUCUUUCUAAUCUUAAUGCGUGUUGUGUUGAUGCAUUCAGGACUAGCAUGGAGAAUUGUCAGUUGCUGGCAAUAGACUUUCUGUAGUUAUUUGUUUUAGAAGAUGUUUUCUCUAGAAAUAUCAAAUUACAAUUUGUCAGUUGGUAUUCUGUAUUUAAUUUACUACCUGUUAAAAGGAUUGUAGGAAUUUCCAGUACAGUUCGUUAGACACGAUAUAUAUUUAACAUUAUUAUAAACAAAAAAGUUGCUUAAUGUUUUCUGUACAUUGUAAUCUAGCUGUUUUUUCUUCUUGGUGUUCUUAUACAAUAUGGAUGUUUCUCUUACUAUUUACUAGAUUCAUCCUGGCAGUACUCUUGCAAAAACUGGAUGUAAUUCUUUGUCACUUAUGGAUGAUAUAGAUUUUUAUUUGCUUGUGUGCAUUUUGAAUUAUAUAAUAGUGUAUUUUAAACCAAUGAUUACAACUAAUGAUCUUAACAAAACUUAUUAUAAGGCCAAUGAUCAUUUUAAUGGUAAGGUAUACUAGUUUACUUGGAGUAUUACCUCGUGAUUUUAUAUAUACACGUACAUAUAGCCCAAAGAUGGGCAGUUGUUAGUAACUUCGCUUUUCUUUGUGGGAUGGGAUGUCAUACAAAUUAACUCUUUCACUGUGGAACAGAUACCCUUUGCACCACUCAUUGCAUAUUCUUUCCAUAUCAGAAUAUUGGCUUGGUCAGAGAUGCUGGUUAUCAGUAAUCUUAAUCUUUGCAGCGAAAGAGUUAAAAUAUUUGCUUUUCCCCACAGCAGACUCCAUUGUAAUUAUUUGGGUUUUCACAAGAUUUUGUGUUAAUGUUUUUUUAUUUUUUGUUGUGACUAUUAUAUUACAAGGUUAGGUUUUUGUGAGUAUUAUUUGUUGUAGAACUGUUUUCAGUUACCAAUAUUUUUGUAGUAGUGUUCCUGUGUGUAUGUAUAUAAACGGACAUGUGAAACACGUAUGAUGCCUUCUUUUAGCUCUUCACUUAGGCUCUCAUUCAAAUGAGAGAAAACAAUCUAUCAGGAGGAAUUUGUCAUUAGGUGACUUAAGUCUGAAUUCUAUUUGUAAUCUGAUGUUCACAUCCACAUUUGCCUAGUGCCCACAGUCCUCUUUGGACAUUUUUACAUUUGCUGUGGCUUAUGUAUGAUUUGGAAUGGUGUUAUUGUAUCGUGUGUAGUGUGCUGUCAGUAACCUGACUGGGUUGGUGUCUUUGUGUUGGAUCUUGCACUGAAAUUUGUAUUAGUAACUGAAUUUAUUACACACUGUAAGGGCAUUUAGUUCGUUACUAUUACAUUUUUCAGUUUCAUUAUCGUGUUAUCAAUGGGUUUUCUUAUAAAUGGCAAGGUUACUAGUAGUAAAAAAGAAGACCACCUUUGUGACAUUUUGCUAUCAACAAACAGUGUUUUUGUGCAGUAAUGCAAAACAUUUUAAUUCUGUGUAAUUACAGUUCUUUCUACUGCAAGACAUUAUUUUACUUCUGUGUAAUUCCAUUUUUUUGUUAAGGAUUUUUAAUCUGUUAUAUUUUCUUGCUAUUAGAAUGCGAGAGUCUUAUACAGUUCUUCAAAAAUAAUUAGUUGCAUUGCUCAAUGGAUUAAGUAUGUCAAUCCACAGUAUCAUUGAAGAUUUUUAUAGGAGUGUUGCGGUGUCUUGCAACUUUUGGUUCAAAAUUUCUUCCAAUAGAGAAUGAAUUAAAAUUUCGCAAAUAUUAAGAGAGGCUAAAACACAGUCAGUUGAUAGCAUUAUUUAACAUUAUUCCAAUUACAAUAAUCAUCAGUGGGGGAUAUAUAAAUAUAUAUAUAUAUAAAGGAAUGUUUUUCUGUGCCAAUCUUAGGGUGUAAGUAUCUAGUUUUCUACUGGCGUAACCAUGUUUAGUGGACAAUCUGCCAAUAAUGUCUCUGUCACAUUAGAAGCAUAAAGGAAAAAAAGUGUCAGAAGUAUAAAUGGAAUGGUCACCUUUAUUAUUUAACAAAUCUUAUUAGAAUCUUAAUGUUAAUAUAGCGUAUAAAACAUAUCAAUUUUUAAAGAGGGAUGCAAAAGUCCUUGUGAAUGCUACAUUGUUUUAGCUUCCAGGAGGGUUGGAACUCAGUCUCAAUGCAUUAAUAGUAGUCAUCAAAACUCAGUAUUUUGUUUCAUUAUGCACUUUGUUGAUUAAUUUGAACAGUUCAGUUAAUGUUAGCAGUGCUCAGCAACUUAUUUUGUGUCCAAAUGGUUUGUUGGGACUGUGCUACAUUCUGGAUAGGUUUUAUGUUACAGUACAAUUUGACUGGUACAUCAUUCCAUAUAGUAGCUUUGUAGUUAAUAAUUUGUAGUUUGUUAAAUUGGCCUUUCUUGUUAGAUGGUAUGUGUUUAAUUUUAUACUAAUUAAUUUUGUAUACCACUUAACAUUAUAAACUGUUCAUGGACCAGAUCUGAGAAGGAAUUUGAUUAAUUAGUUUAUUUAAAAUGGAGUUAAGUCAUAGCAACCAUGUGAUUUUUGGUUUGUUUUUUGUUGAAUGCCUUAUGUGAACUGGUUGCAGAAAUGUAAAGAGUAUUGUUGCUUUUAAAAAUUAGAGAGUUUGUACUGCUUUCAUUGAAACCUGGUAAUUCAUAUUAGAUGGACCAAUCUGCUUUAACAUUAAAUUAUAAAGAAGUGGUGAUUACUUGGGGUACUGUCAUACAUAUAACUUGUAACAGUGAAAGAACAAAAUGCUUAUGGAAAUGUGUAAUUAAAAUAAGGGCUUGCGUAUGUUUUACAGAUAUUUUAUGGUAUCUAGGUCCUGUUGUAUUAUUAAAUGUUGCCUUUGUCAUGAAGUGGUAAUGGUGAAAAGAAAAACAGGUGAAAUGUAAAAAAAUAACAUUUUUAGAGCGAAACGAAAAGGAGAAUUAAGAGAAUGCUUGCUUUGUAUCCGUCUCCUAGUCAGUAGAAAAAGGGGAAAGGUUGUACAUUUGGCAUAAUUAAAUCGACGUAGCAGGAAAAAAA